CAGCCCCGCUGCCCACCGCCCCGCCGUCCCGCCUGGCUCUCGCGUGCGCCAUGUCUGGUUCCUCCAGCGUCGCCGCAAUGAAGAAAGUGGUUCAGCAGCUCAGGCUGGAAGCCGGGCUCAACCGCGUUAAAGUUUCCCAGGCAGCCGCAGACCUGAAACAGUUCUGUCUGCAGAACGCUCAACAUGAUCCUCUCCUGACUGGAGUAUCUUCAAGUACGAAUCCCUUCAGACCCCAGAAAGUCUGUUCUUUUUUGUAGUACAGUGGAUCUUCCAAAGGUUUCCCAAACCACUUCUCAUCAACCCGCGAAUGUUCCAGAGAGCUAAAUUUUUUGAAGCCUGUAAAAAGCUUAUCCCUGUAACACAUGUGCCACGCUGUAACACAGAAACUUCUACUUUUGUCAGUUCUUAACAUCUACCUCUCUGAAUUUUCAUGACUUUCUGUUUCACGAGGGCGAUGGUUUUAUAUACACUGGGAGGAGGAGACAAUAAAAUACUUGGUAUAAAAUUGCUUU